AAGAAACAGAUCACGCUAUGUGAGACUCGUGUUCAUGUCAUCUGCUCUCAUUUUGCAACCCAAUUACUUUAAAAAAAGUGAAAUUGUAAGACAGUCAGGAUUAUGUCUCUUGAUCAAGGGAGAUAAUCGACACAAACGACAUUCAGCAAGAUGGCUUCUAAAGCUGGGAGAAAAUUUGGGAAAGCUGCUGGCAUGGCUGGUAAACAAGUUAUGGAUAAAACUUGGUGUUGCGAUAGGAACGUUUUGUAGAGAUUUUAAUGAAAAGACUGCUCAUUUUAAACCUGGCAUCCCAAUGCGUACCAAAAUCACUGUAAAUCCUGAUCGCAGUUACCAACUUGAUUUGUUAACUCCACCAACAUCAUAUUUCCUCAAACAAGCAGCAGGCAUAGAGAAAGCAGCUAUGGUGGGAGGAGGUGAAGUAUCUGGAAAGCUUACCUUAAAACAUAUUUAUGAAAUUGCUAAAAUUAAAAGUGAAGAUCCAGCAUUCUUAGGUCAAUCCUUGCAGAACAUUUGUAAGGGCCUUAUUGGAACAUGCCGGUCAUGUGGCAUUAAGGUUGUCCCGUCACUAGAUGUUGAGGAAUACACUGAAUUUUUGGAGGAGAGACGUGCUUUUGUGAAAGCAGAAGAAGAGAGACUUGAAGAACUGAAGCAGGCAAAGAUGUUACGAAUAUGAGACAUAGAGAAGAAAAUAAAAUAUUUUUUAAAAAAA